CUGUCUUCUUCUCCUUCCUACUUCCGGCUAUGGAGCGCUGACAAAAAGACAUUUAAACGCUCCUGCGCUCGAGUACGCCUCUUACACCUUCAACAGAGGAGCGACUAAAGAAGCUCAAUUUAGAAACAUUUGAUUCACGAUGCCCGUGGCUGUCGCGCCGUAUGGUCAGGGCCAGGCCCAGCCCAGCUGUUUCGAUCGGGUCAAGAUGGGCUUCAUGAUGGGCUUCGCUGUGGGCAUGGCCGCCGGUGCCAUGUUCGGUACUUUCUCCUGUCUCAGAAUUGGCAUGAGAGGCCGCGAGCUGAUGGGAGGAGUGGGCAAGACCAUGAUGCAAAGCGGGGGCACGUUUGGCACCUUCAUGGCCAUCGGGAUGGGCAUCCGCUGCUGAGGACGACGACUAGCAACCAGCUCGUCUGCGCGAUCCAACUAUAGCUAUGGGACUUCUGCAAUAGCAGCCGCGUCUUUCUGUCCGCUCGGCCGUGUCGUCGCUUCUAUUAAAAAGAAACUAAACAUC